AUGGGGCAAAAAGGAACUCAAACUACCCUCCGACUCCGUUGCUUCUCAAAGAAGAUCUUCAUCCUCUGUCUUAUGCGUAAACUAGUUGGGCACAUUACGUUUACACUUGGCUCGUGGCAUGGUGCCGGCGGCGAUCCAUCAGCAUACAACCACUCAAAACAGUCCUCAGCCAACACGCCCUGGAACGCCCCCACAAAUUCCUCUUCAAACUCUCAACAGUCGCUGACCCAGCAGGGCCAAGGUUGCCAAGACAAACCAUAUCCACCACAAUCAGGUCCCAAGGGAGAUGGUUAUGCGACCGUCGAGGAGCUUAGAGAACAACAUGGGGUUGUUGUGCAUGCGAGUGUUGAGUCGUUUCACUUCGACUACUGGUUCCACCUCCGAGCACACUUCAGUCGGAUCUCAGAAGACGGUCGGGAUGGGCAGACUACCAUCCUGGCACUCUACUGUCUCUACGAAGAUUUCUAUGACUUCCAGGCUACACUCAUCGAUAUCUAG